GAACCAAAGUGCGGCAGCUUCUGGGCACGGAUUUUAGGGGCUGUCGGAAUCCGGAAACGACAUCGGGGGCCCAGAUGGCGGCGGCGGUGCUGGGCUGCGUCGCUAAGAGACCCCCGGGCGCCUGGAGAACUCUGGCAAAAAGCAGCGUGGAAUCCCUGACAUGGACAGGAUGGAUUCGCCAUAAAUUUACUAAGUCAAGAAUUCCAGCUUCAGUAUUUCAGCCACGGCCUUCAGAUCAUGAAAAAUAUGGAGGUGAUCCUCAGCAGCCUCACAAACUGCAUCUUGUCACUAGAAUCAAAAGUGGAAUAGGUCGUCCAUACUGGGAAAAGAAGAUAAUACAUGAUCUUGGACUGGAUAAAGCAAAUCAGCCCAGAGUGCACAAAAAUAUCCCAUCUGUGAAUGGAAAACUGAAAGUCAUAAAGCAUCUAAUAAGAAUACAGCCCCUGAAACUACCUCAUGGAAUUCCAACAGAAGAGGAAAUGUCAGAUACCUUACUUAAGAGCACAGGAGAAUUAGUAAUUCGGCGGCAUCUGAAACCUGUGGAACAAAAAGCAAUUAAGUCAUAGUAUGCGCUGACUAUUCUCACUUUUACAAAAUAAAUUAUUUAACGGAUAAA